ACUCCCGAAACCUAUUUCGCGAAGUUGCUUCAUUUAUCGAACAAUGGAGGCGAUACUUGGACGUGUUUUUGUAUAUGGAGGCAAGGGUGCCUUAGGUUCUGCUUGUGUUUCAAAAUUCAAAUCAAAAAAAUGGUGGGUUGGCUGUAUUGAUAUGAAGGCAAACGAGGAAGCUGAUGCAAAUGUGAUUGUAAAACCUGACAACAACUGGCAAGAACAGGAGAAGGAUAUUUUACAACAGAUUACAAGUAUUUUAAAAGGUGAUAAAGUAGAUGCAGUUAUUUGUGUAGCUGGAGGAUGGGCUGGUGGAAAUGCUGCUCAAAAAGAUUUUAUUAAAAACACUGAACUUAUGUAUAAGCAAAGUGUUUGGAGUUCAACUAUUGCAGCUAGCAUUGCUGCACAUCACCUGAAAGAAGGAGGAUUUUUAUCAUUAACUGGUGCCAAAGCAGCAUUAGAAGGAACAUCAGGGAUGAUUGGAUAUGGAAUGGCUAAAGCUGCAGUUCAUCAGCUUACCAAAUCUUUAGCUGCUAAAGAUAGUGGGCUCCCAGAGAAUGCAUUAGUUACUUCUAUCUUACCCAUUACUUUGGACACUCCUAUGAAUAGGAAAUGGAUGCCUAAAGCUGAUACAUCUAAGUGGACUCCACUUGAAUAUGUUGCAGAUCUCUUUUGGAAGUGGUCACAAAAACAAGAACGUCCAGCAAAUGGCAGUCUUCUUCAGCUGAUUACCAAUGAUAAUAAAACAGAAUUAGUUUCAGCUUAAAAAAAGAAAAAGUUAUAUGUUUGGACCAAGAGCAUUUGGGUGCUUCCAUGACAAUAUGUGUAUCUAUUAUUAAUGUUUCAUAUCCAAUGUUGC